UUAAUACUCGUUCACAGCACAGCCGGUCGCUGUUAUUUAUCAUGUUGUCCAUUGUCUCAUUGUCUUGCUGUCCAAUGUUAUGCAACAACCGCCAUGUCAAAUUCCUUUUAUGUCUAACAUAUUUUGGAAAUAAAUGUUCCUGAUUCCGGGCAGUUUUCUCAGUCUCGGAACAUCCAUUUAAUAUCUUACACAAAUGAUUCUAAUUUUACAUGUUAAAAUCCAUACAAGGGGCACCUUGAGGACAGAAAUGGACGGACUGUGGCAAUUUCUGAACUUCUUUUGCUAUCCCAAACCAACGAUCCAAUACUACAACCGUAGUGUGUACGCAGGUGAGAGAUAAAGCGAUAAACUUGUCUCUUAGUUCUUUUUUCAUGUAUUUCUUUGCAUGCGUACUGUUGUAGGCACAAUUUAUUUGGGAUGUUCACCUCAUCUUUCAGUGAUGUUGCUAUAGCACCAGCCCUGUGUGCUUGAACAACUUGCCGCAUGAACUGGUUUGUUUUUGUUAUAAUCAAGUAUUUUAGACCAGUGACAUUUUUUUGUGUACCCUAUAAUGCAUACACUGACUUUAAAAGGUCUCAAAGCAACUCUUGCACACAAUCCUGCUGCACUGUGGUUAUUAUUCUGCUGAUUUUCCAAGCCCUCAUGUGAGGAUCAUAUUAGUUUCCUGAAGAGGUAAUGUGCCCUUAAUCCAUGACAGUUUACUCCAAACACCAUUCUGCUGUUUCAUUUCUAUCUGUGCCUCUAAACAGAUUGUCCUCAGAGUUCAUCUCCUCGCUCUCGUGGCACCUUUAUGACAGUUUGCUAACACUUCCCCGGAGGCUCAGCCCUUCAUCGCAUCCAUUUCCGGGAGCGCUCCCUUUUCAUCACUGCCCGGCGCAGAGGAACAUUGUGCUUGAUUGCAUGGCAGAUGCCAUUUUCCUGGGCUUAUAUCUUAGCAAUCACGUUAGCUAUUUGCACAGCUGGGUACUCACUGAAGCGAGGCAGGUUAAGCGCCACACUCGGGCGGGGGGGGGGCAGAACGAUGGAGGCCCAACUGGAGCUUGGGCAGGACUUUCCUCAGCACCAUCCUAUUACCAACAGCACUCUUGGGCUUUCUUCCAUUUAGCUAAUGCCUCCACAUGCCCCGUCCCUACACGCCUCAGGUCCCCAUACACUUCAGUCUUCUUUAACCUUAUGCACCUCCUUUGAUUCCUCCUCUGUAAUGUCAUCCUUCCUCCAGCCUCGAUCAAUCCGUGACCCCCCGGGGCUCUCUCUUUCUUCUUCUUUUACUUUUUCACUUUCUAAAACAUAUUAUCCCUUACAGUUUUCAUACAUCCCACACUUUAUCACUUGUAUGGUAGUGGAGUUAUGGCACUGCAAAAUGCAAAAUCAAAAUGAAAUAAGCAAACAAAGGAGCCUGAUGGUAGAGUUAUCUCGAUGCUGAGCUUGUGCAGCAGGCGAGAUGCAUCUUUUAACACACUGUUACUUCCACACACAUAUGUUUAUUUGUCCGGUUCUCCCAGUUCAAAGGCCUGUUGUUAUUUUUGUCACACCCACUUUAUAUUCACGUUUUGACAUUUCAGUAGAUUAACUAAUUAAUCAAAUAAAAAGUGGUUUACUGACACCGCCACCGGACAUAAAACUCAAUCAAGACAACCUAAUUUUACACCAUUAACAUUAAAGCUGAGAUUAGUCUGGAGUGAGACAUGGGGAGAAGGGGAACAGAUGGGUUUAGGAAAUUAGAGAUUGCGCAGAUAGAAGCCAAGAGGAAGAAAAAAAAAAUCCCACUGAGGAAGAAAAGCAGCACAUUUUCUUGUGGAAUAUUGCUUACGCCACUAAUGAAGUCAGUUAGGAAAUCAAUAUGAAGUCAACAAGGAUAUAUGAAAGAGUUGAGGUUGAUUGAUGAAGGCAAAUUAUCUGAAUAAUCAAUAUGCCCAUCGCUGCUGUUCAUGAAUUAAUCUCAAACGGAGCCUGUGUGGAGGUAACGAGCCGUGGUUACCGUUAGAAUAGUCCGGUGAAAAAAACGGUUCUGUUGCAGGCGCAUAAACAGUGCAGCACAUGGUGCAAAGAACAACUGUGUUCAAUUACUCAUGACACUGGGAAGCCUCAUUCAGUCGCAUGUUACAAGUGCACACACAGUACACACAAAGCACGUCAUAAAUAUGCAUGUGCGCCUCUGUCGGUUGAGACGAGCAGCAGAAAACGUAUUAACUGUCACUCUCUUUUUUUUUCUGUUGCCCGGUGUGCGGUGGGUGCAUGCAACAGGAAGCAAGAGAUCAUCCGAUGAUGAAUAAAAGGGAGAAAAGGCUCCUUAUGUGCAGCACUUCCCUUCUGAGUGUGAGGCGACAAAAGGAUGACAAAUGUUAGCGGAUGGAGGCGAGUGAGUCCACUGGAGCCGCACACAAAGGUGGUGGGACAGAGAGAGACGAAGAGAGUUGGGAAGGGAAAGACUGGAAGGGAAAAAAAAGUGAUGGUACCCGUUCUUUUAUCCGCGCCUUUACUCCAGUCGCCACGGCAACAUGCCUGCAGGGCACUCAAGAGAGGCGUCAUCACUGACAAAAACAACAGAGGCAGGGAGUGUGCAUGAACAGAGAACGAGGGAGGAGGAAGCACGGCGGGAGAUCCACAGCUGACUCCGGCUACCCCCCCCUCACUCAGGAAAGUGUAGGCAUGACCUUCACUUCACUCGGCUGAGAAGUGUAAUGAACACUCGUUCAUCACUGGAGGUCAUUCAGAUUAAUGUUUGGAUCGCUCGGCUAAAGUUUCACCAACACCGCCACGUUCACGGGUGUGAAUAUCACUGAUAUCCCCUCUAAAAAGGACGCUAUGACGAGAUAUGAAAUUGGCAGAGUUAAUCAAACCGAGGCUAAUGCUUAAUAUUUGGAAUUAACUGGGCCAUUAAUACUGCAGGCUGCCGUUAGGCUAGAUAGAGUGGUUAAACCACCACAGGCGAAAUUAAACAGGUUAAUUAAAGUCUCCAAAUACUCAUGCUCUCUCCCUCAGUCUGUGUUAAGUGAGACACACACGCACACACACACACACACACGCACACACACACACACACACACACACACACACACACACACACACACACAGACAUACAAACAUACAAUCACUCACACGUGUGUUGUUACUAUACUCAUAAUGACUUUCUAUGGGCCGACCGUAUUCAUUUCCUAAUAUUAAUCUGAAUCCUAGCUCUAACUUUAACCCCUGCUGAAUCGCAAAAAAUAAUUUCUCCGAAAUCUUUACUCCAGCAACCUAAAAAUGACGUCUUGCGUAAAAAGAAAAAGGGAAUCUCAUACCAGUACAUGAAAAACAAAAUUGGUAACAUUUUAUUAUGCUACCUCUGACUAACGUUAGCAUAGCAUCUGCCCAUGUAUCGGCACGUGUUGUUGUUGUGUGCUUCAUGAUGAUUUGAUAUUGGAUCGGUGCAUAUCGACUAGAUGCCAAUUCCAGUUCCAGCAUUUUAGGGUGCAUCCAGUGGCAUCAAUAUCAGAAAACAACUUUAAUUAAAAGGCCUGAGUAAGCUGAACAAAGUAGAUUAUCGAUUAGCGCAUUCUCCUCCCUGUGAUUAGGCCUGCUGGACCUCACGAUGGGCCCUGACCAAUAGCUCCCUGUCUUUCAUGAUCCCAAAUUGGGCCAUUAUUAAGUUAUCAUGUAAUCUGAUCCCAGCGCUCUUCACCACCACGGAGUGGUUGUUUUUCCUUAAAUUUGUCUUUUCUACAUCAAACAGCUUCCCCUUUCUUAGUUGUUGACAAAAAUAUGAACACUGGGCUUGUAAUUAACUACGCUCAUGAUUAAACGGGGAUAUUGAGAUUUGAGUCUUUUUAGUUUGUUCCCAGUAAAAUCCCAGAGUAAACCCUGAACUUUAUAGAUUAAAAAAUGUGUCCUGCGCAGUUUUAUUUAAAUAAUGAUACCCUACUUAAUCCCACCUCAAACAAAACAUUAAACUGCAUGCGGUUUGUAAUUAUCAUGAUAAUCUCAAACCCAAACCCUCACCUUUAUGACUCUGAUGAUUUUUUUUUGUGUGCACAUUUUGAGGGGGCGGGGCCGCGGCAGAGACCGACCCGCGAGCGCAUCUCGACCAUCAGAGGGCGGGUUUGUAGAGUUUGUGUGCGCGGCGUGUUGCUGCUGCUGCUGCUGCUGCUGGUGCUGAUGCUGAGGGGAGCGCACGGUGCACCCAAUCCUUCCAGCGGCUUCAAAGCAGACACGCGGGGCUCAGCUGCGGACGCGGUAGACGUCGCACGUGUGGUUUCCCUGCGAUGCCCAGCGAGAAGCGGCGAACAAAACCAGGAGAGAUUUCAGUCCAGUGUUGGAUUCGGCGCAAGUGAAGAUGCCCAAAUGGCUCUCAGCGCAAUGGGAUUCGAGUUGAGGAACACGUAAGAAUCUCCCCACAAACCCACCCAUCAUACUCCUCGUUAACGUAACCGGGAACUUUUUUUUCUUUUUUUGUCGACUGCUGGGAUGUUGUGAGCGACCGCGUGCAUCCCGGGCCACAAGGAGACGGGGAAGAGAGCGGUGGAAGCAGGGCGGCGGAGGCGCACCGGACGGGGAUUAUGGCUCUCGCAGCGCUUUCUCUCAGCCUCGUCACGCUGGCGCUCACCAACUCGCACCUGACGACAGCCAACGACCGACACGGCGUGUACUGGAACAGCUCGAACCUACAGCUGCGGAGGGAAGGAUACACGGUGCAGGUCAGCGUCAAUGACUACCUGGACAUCUACUGCCCGCACUACAACACCAGCCAGCGGGGCACGUUGGAGCGCGCCGUGGCCGAGCAGUACAUCCUCUACAUGGUCAGCUACCGCGGCUACCGCACCUGCGACCCCAAGCUGGGCUUCAAGCGCUGGGAGUGCAACCGGCCCCACGCGCCCAACGCCCCCAUCAAGUUCUCUGAGAAGUUCCAGCGCUUCAGCGCCUUCUCGCUGGGCUACGAGUUCAACGUGGGCCAGGAGUACUACUACAUCUCCACGCCCACCCACCACCACGGCCACAGCUGCCUGAGACUGAGGGUCUACGUCUGCUGCUCCACCGUUUCCCAGGCAGAUGAUGACUCCAGUCAGACCUCUCCCGACUACACAGUCAGGCCAAAUAUCAAAAUACACAACAUCGAUGAAUUUAACCCUGAAGUUCCCAAACUGGAGAAAAGCGUCAGUGGCAGCAGCCCGUCAAGGGACCGCCUUCUCCUCUCCAUGGCGAUGCUGUUCGUGUCUACCGUCCUCUUGUCCUAGCGACUCGUCCCGCCCGCAAGUGACCCUUCUAAGGAGCUGGGGCCGCCUCGACCAAAGGGCUUUGUGUCCACCGAGUUGUGGUUGUUGUGAGAGUAGUCAGGAACACAGACGGAGAUCAAAUAGAGGUGCAGUUAUACCACAAUUAAUAGGACGCAGAAAGAGCAAACCUUGAACUUCACUUGACUUAAAAAAAAAGGAGAGGCCUUUUUUUCUGUCAUAUUUACACUCCGUGUGUUGUUGGACGUCAUCGUCAUGUUGAUAACACGGCAUUUCAUGCAGGUGCGUCUGCCCCCGACAUGGGGACCACCAGCGAAAUUUAGAAUUAGACUUUCGUGCUGCUGUCAAGCCUAUCCGCCAACAGGCAAGUGAGAAACUUCUAAAGAGUUCUAAAGAAAUAUUGUAGCAUGGACAUAAAAAACAACACCCGAGAAUUUGAUUUUAAAUAUACGCUUUGAAGAUAUGUGGAUUUUUUUAAGGCCUUGGACCACGGACCUGAUGGAUAUGACUCAAUUCAGAUCUCUUACAGAGCAGGAUGAACCCUGGAGCUGUACUGAUCUUACCUGGGCUAUACAGGAUAUUGAUGUAAUCGGUCAGUGAUGAGAACACCUGCCAUUAUCCUGGACAUUGAAGAAUGUUUUCACACCAGUGCGUUGGAGCUGCUGCUUCUCAGAGCCCAAAUGUUUUUUUUAUCAAGAAAAAGGGAAAGACUUUGUGACAAGACCCACGGGCCUUUGAAGAAUCCAUUUUCAGCUGACAUCAAAAAUACCCGUGGCUUUUGUGAGAUACAGACGCAAAGCCCGCUAUUCCUGGAGGACAGCGAGUGCCCUCUUAGAACUAGUCCUUUGUCUGCGUUUCCUGCCUUCACACAGAAACAACCCUAGAAAAGUACGGACUCCGGACUAGUGAUUCGACGGCACUUAGGCGAGGUAGUCGUGUCUUUUGUUCCAAUGGGUUUACCUUCAGCACUUGGCAUAGAUUUUUCCCUUUCCCGGAUGUCAGACCUUUCUCCUUUGCAGCAAUCAGCAGUCAUUCAGCGUCCCACUAAUUUACAAUUCUUAAAAAGCUCUCUCCGUAGCAAGUUCCCAUUUAAUCCGGGAGAACGCCAUCCAUUCUGUUUCCACUUCAGAGGUUGCCAGCCAAUCAGUGCUGAUGGCCAUUAAAGCAGUCACGGUCACCAUGGAAACAACCCUAAACAGCCGCCAGAGUGCGGCAGGUGCCUGAGGAGAAAUUGUGCUUUGAGUCUCAAAGUAACGCUGCCGUCAUUUUCGUUAGAACAAAAAAUAAAAAAAAACACAUGUGAAUGUGCAAAUAAAGAGAAGUUCACUUUUUUAUAUUGUAACACAGGACAACGUAGGAUGGAAUAAUCACAUUACAAUGUUGUGCUUUUUAAAUUGAUUUACAUUUCAAAUGUAUUUAUUUUAAUAUAUUAUUUACCUUACCAUUAUCUAAUUUAUCAACGUGCAUUUGUAGGCCUUUGCUCAAUAAGCUAAUGUGCCAUUUUUUUGUAUUGCAUUUUUGUUUUUUUUAAACAGUGGAAUUUUUACUGCAGCAUUUUGCUUGUGUAGAUAGAUAGGCAGAUGUAAUUCAGCCUGACAAAAAAGAGACGGUUAUUGGUCGUGACUGAUCAGUAGGGACAUACACUUAGUAACCCUACUCCAAUGUAACAGACACUGCUAUAACCAGAUUGUGUAACAGGCGCUUGUCACGGACGACGCAGCUGAUGGAAGGACGGCAUUCCUCACUAGCGAAGACGGAGGAGUCUACGUUGUAAAGUAUAUUUAUAAUACAUGCCGGUUAUUGAAUGUGGGUGCAUGUGCAGAAGUGAGUACGAGUGCGUGUAUGUGUGGGGAGUGGGCAAGGGGAGAAAAAAAACCAACGUGUUCACAUGUGUGCAAGUAUGUAGAAUGUGUUUGUCCGCGCUUCUCGAGUAUGUUGCAUUUAGAAAUUCCGUACCCGUUAAGGACUCGUUCGUAGGAUCUGAAUAUGCAAGUGUGUAUGAGAGAGUGUGCUCUUCUGUACUGUUGGUUUACGUUACAGGCUUUGGGAAGCGGGGCGAAAAGCAUUUACCGGGGGGGAGGGGGGGUUGAAGACGACCACAAGAAAUGUGUUUACCUUUGACGAGAACGAAUAGAUAAAAAGAAAAAAAAACUGUAAAUUGAUCCAAGAAUGAUUAAAAACAAUGCCUAUUAAAAUCCUUUUGCAAAU